AUGCAAGUAAAUCCAGCUGGUACGAUACUCGUGAAUCCGAAAGAACAUGUUCGAUUAUUGGAAGAUUUGAAAGAGCAACGAGAAGAAUUUAUGGUUAAACGAUUGAAAAUAGGAUGGCCAAGAAAAUUUUUGGUUCUUUUAGGAAUAUUUCAAUUACUACUUUGUUUAAUAAUUAUUGCAAUGGAUCUACCGAUUAUUCUGAUGUUUGCUCCUCGAUGGCAAAUAUUUGCCGGUUCUUGGAGUGGUGUUCUAGCAUUUGUUGCAGCUGUCAGCACUCUACAUUCGAGUCGAAAAAUAACAUGGCGUAAACUAAAAAUUGGUAGUUUCUUCAAUAUUUUGGCCUUUAUUGCAUGUAUUGUCAUGAUGGGAUUUAAUAUCCUCUAUUUGGUAAAUCCAACUUUAUGCAUUAUCAUCAGUGGUUGCAAUUACUUAUCUUACACAACAACACAAGUAAAACCCUAUUAUAUUGCCGAAAUAGCAAUCGGUAGUGUAUUUCUUAUCACACCGUUCAUUUAUGUAAUAUUAGUUAUUAAAUAUGGUGUGGCCAGUUCAUUAGAAUUCGAUCGUGUACAAAAAGGCUGGGUUCCUGUACAAGACCCGGAAGCCCCGUUACCUAAACCGUCAAGAUCGGCUAGACUCCGCGAAGUCACGCCACAACAAUAUCACGGACCACCACAACAAUAUGGAUCACCACAACAAGAUCAUGGACCACCACAACAAUAUGGACCUCCACAACAAGAUCAUGGACCACCACAACAAGAUCAUGGACCACCACAACAAUAUUACGGACCACCACAACAAUAUGUACCACCACAACAAGAUCAUGGACCACCACAACAAUAUUACGGACCACCACAACAAUAUGUACCACUACAACAAUAUUACGGGCCACCAGAACAAUAUUACGGACCACCACAACAAUAUGGACCACCACAACAAUAUUAUGGACCACCACAAGGUCCUCCAUUCAAUAAUCAAGUUAUGCCCAUGCCUAUGCCCAGAAUGCCGAUACCACCUCGCCAACUAAUCCCAGUACCGUACGUUCCACGAAGUGGGCAUCCACUAGGUCCUCCACCAACACAAUAUUAUCCUCAACCAUAA